AGGCAAUAUAGCUGAAUGAAUGGUAAUGGUAGGAGGAUGCAAAAAUUGAUUGGCAGAUAGUGAUAAUGAUUCAGUAACCACGUUAUCAGCUCAGCCUCCGAAUCUCAUAUUGCCAUCACAUCCUUCCUCUCACUUCAUUCUAACAUCCACUACUACUACUCCUCCCAUUUCCAAAAACCAAAAAGAAUAAACAAAUAAUUCUUUAAUAUAACACUAUCACUCUGAAUAAGAUUAUUAUUGUAAAUAAUAUUUAGAGUAGUGAGUGAUGAUGAGGUAGUAAGUAAUGGAGAGCACAUGAGGAUGAGGUGGUGUCUGUAUUUCAUGUGUGUGUGUGUGUGCUUUUUUAACAAUGAAAUUCAGAUGAACAUGGGGGGUUUGGGUUUGGGUUUGCCUCUUUCUCCAUUGCUCAGCAGUGCAGCUGAUGAUGAGCUACAUCAUCUACACUACACUCGCACCCCUCCCACCUCUUCACUCUUCACUCUUCUCUCAUUCUCACAAAUACAAAAAUACACACAGAUCUGAUGAUGUAGGUAUCUCUCUCCUCUCCAGUCAGGCACCCACGCACAUGAUUCACCCAUCUUACGGCGCCCUAUUAACUAAUAAUAUAAUAAAUAGCCUCUUGUUGGUUGGAUCUCCAUUUUUACUCUUCACCACCAUGCUCUGACUUCUUCCCUCCCCUCCCACUGCUCCCCAUGAACCGCACCUUGAGGGAAUCUCUCAUCUCUGGCCCCCGCAACAACCACCGCCGUGGUCUCAGCCUCAACGCUCCUCCUAAUUCCGCCGAUGAUCAUCUAGAUCUCUUCUCCAAAAGUCGCCGCAGUCUCUCCCUCGCCUCCUCCGACGAGUCUGAUGUAUCGGUGAAAUUGGGGAGACUCUCCAUCGGAUCAGCAAAACAGGGGAAAAGUGGAUUGGAUGAUUUAUUGUCAUCAGCUGAUGGAGGAAAGCACGACUAUGAUUGGCUUCUUACUCCUCCUGGAACUCCGCUGGUCCCUUCUUCGGAUGGAAAUGAAUCUCAAAUGGGUCUCAUGGCUCCAAGAAGUGGUCCAUUGGUCAGAUCAAUCUCAACGACCAAAGCCUCACGGUUAUCAGUAUCUCAGUCAGAGAACAACCAUGUCACAAAACCGACCCGAAGCAGUUCGGUGACUAGACCUUCUGUCUCCAGUUCCCAGUACAGCUCCUACUCCAAUAAAUCAACCUCCAUUCUUAACACAAGCUCUGCUUCUGUUUCCUCUUAUAUUAGACCAUCCACUCCUACCAAUCGCUCUUCAUCUAGUGCGAGACCUUCAACCCCUUCUGCUCGACCAGCGUCAAGAUCGACAACACCUUCUAAACCCCGUCCUGCCCUCAGCACAUCUUCGGCUGAUAAACCAAGACCGCCCCAAAACUCAAGACCAUCUACUCCUACUUCUAGGCCACAAAUCUCUGCAAACUUGAAUUCUCCUGCUACUCGUUCUACAUCAAGGCCGUCAACACCUACUCGCCGGAAUCCCACACCAUCUUUAGCUUCUAUUUCUGGACCUUCAACCCCAGGUGGACGUAGCCUCACAAAUGGACGCGGUGUUGCUUCAGUUUCUCGCCCAAGCUCCCCUGGACCACGAGUUCGGGCCUCACCACAGCCAAUUGUGCUCCCCGAUUUCCCACUUGAAACACCACCAAACCUCCGAACAACUUUGCCAGACAGACCAUUAUCUGCUGGUAGGUCCAGACCAGGUGCGGCACUUACUGGAAAAGGGAAUAUAGAGCCUACACCUAAUACUGCUACCGUUACUAGGAGACAUUCAUCACCAAUGGUCAGCAGGGGAAGACUUGCAGAACCCACUGGAAGGGGUCGAACACCUGCCAAUGGACAACUGACUGAUGCAAUGGACUCUAAGAGAGAGUUGUCAACACGGAAAUCUGUAAAGGCAUCCACAGAUAGCACAGGGUUUGGCCGGACAAUUUCAAAGAAAUCCCUUGACAUGGCUAUACGUCAUAUGGAUAUAAGAAAUGGCAGCAAUGGUUUUCGUCCCCUUACAGGCUCAAAUCUAUUCCCUCAAAGCAUUCGAUCCACCAACCAGAAAAACCAACCAGGUGCUGCAUCUGCAAAUGGAAACCUGUCUAUCAGUAGUAAUGGGGCAAUUGCAGAAAACGGAAACCGGUUUUCUGAAAGUGGGAGUGAGGAAGAGAAAUCUCAAUCUUCCGCAAAACUGAGCAACAUUGAUAUUUAUGAAAGUUCUCGUUAUGACAUGAUCCUUCUCAAAGAGGAUCUAAAGAACACGAAUUGGCUUCAUAGUCUUGACGAUAAGUCUGACCAAGGAUCCAUCUUUGAUACUGGAUUUGAACUUCUACCAGAACCUUUUGAUCCUUUAUAACCUCAUGAAGAUCUUGGGUUUUAUUUCAGUCAUCAUCCUUCAUGAUUUUAUUUUCAAAUUCUUAUUCUUUCCAUGAAAGGUUGGGAGAUAAAACUAUGUGGUAUACCUGCUGAGAAUUCAUUAUUAUGAGCAAAAAGUCAUACUUAUGUAAUGUGGUUUGACAGAUAAAGAAUUGUUUGUCUUCGCUUGUUACACCCAAAAAAAUUGAAUGGCGUUCCUAUGAACAAUGUUUGUAGGAUAAAUUCUACCUGGGUAGGAGAGAAGGCAGAAAAUAGAACUGUCUUUUGGUGAUAGUAUUCUGGUGCCAGCCUAAACUUCUUGUGUUACAUUCUAUAUUGUGAUUAUCUCCCUUUUCAGGGAUGGAUUUGGUGAACCGAAAGUCAUCACAUAUGUUUUGU